GGUUCCGUCAAGCCCAAAAUUAAGAACAGGAGAGAAUCCUCUCCUUUUGUACUGAUCUUUCCCGAAAAUUAUAUCUACACCAUCAUUUUCCUUGCCCGAAAUGUCCACCAACAGCGUACGGUAAUUGCCCGAAAUCACGGCGGGCAAUGGUUCGAACUCCGAGGCCACUCCAAUUACGCUAGUAGUCGUACUAGUAGAAUUACCUUAAAUUUACUUUCGGGGGCCUUCCCCUUCCCAUCUUCAAACCCACAGCCACCGCGUAGGGUGGCGCGUGAGAACAACCUGGCCACCUCCCUCUGAUGUAGUAGAAAACUGAGACUUGGGGGGGAUGGGUCAGGGACUGAGUUGUGCAGAAUCUAAUGAACACCCACUGUUCAGUGCUGCCCAGAAUGGGGAGGUUGAGUCAGUGGAGGCUAUGGUUGAUGAAGAGCCAAGCGUGGUGGAUCGGACCACUGCUCGUGGGAGGCUCUCCGCCCUCCACCUGGCUGCUGCAAAUGGUCAGAUCCAGGUUCUAUCAAUGCUAUUGGAUCGGGGUGUUAAUCCUGAUGUCUUGAAUCGCCAUAAACAGAGCCCAUUGAUGCUAGCUGCAAUGUACGGGAAGACUUCAUGUGUCGAAAGGCUACUUGAAGCACGAGCUAAUAUUCUGAUGUUUGAUUCGCUCCAUCGAAGAACUUGUUUGCAUUAUGCUGCUUUCUAUGGUCAUCCAGAUUGCCUUCAAGCUAUUCUUUCUGCUGCCCAUUCCUCCCCUGUUGCCAAUUCCUGGGGAUUUGCGAGGUUUGUCAACAUAAGAGAUAAAAGUGGAGAAACUCCACUGCACUUAGCAGCUCGACAAGGACAGCCGGAGUGUGCUCAUGUUCUGCUGGACAGUGGGGCUCUAGCUUGUGCAUCUACUGGGGGACAAGGUUUCACUGGGAUUACGCCACUUCAUUUAGCCGCUCGUUCGGGUUCUUUGGAUUGUGUGCGGGAAUUACUUGCUUGGGGGGCUGAUCGACAUCAAAGAGAUUCAUCUGGGAGGACACCUUACCUGGUUGCUCUGAAGCACAAGAACGGAGCAUGUGCAGCAUUAUUGAACCCAUCAGCUCCAGGGCCUCUUAUCUGGCCGUUGCCAUUGAAGUUCAUCGCUGAGCUUAACCCAGAGGCUAAAGCAUUGUUGGAAAGGGCUCUAAUGGAGACAAACAAGGAAAGAGAAAAGGCCAUCUUGAAGGAGACAGUCUACUCACUUCCAUCGCCUCUGCAUUCUGAAGCUGAAUCUGAUGACGAUAUUGAGGCUAGCGAUGUCGAGCUGUGCUGCAUCUGCUUUGAUCAAAUAUGCACAAUCGAGGUUCGAACGUGUGGUCACCAAAUGUGUGCCAAUUGCACCCUAGCUCUUUGUUGUCACAACAAGCCCACUCCCGCUACACACUCUCCGAAGGCCCCGGUUUGCCCUUUUUGCCGAAGCAAAAUAACCGAACUAGUUGUUGCCAAGAUCAAGACCGAGAACAAUACAAAGUUGGAAUCGAGUCCAUCAAAACCAAGGACGUCAAGAAAAUCUCUGGGUGCAAGCGAAGGCAGCAGCAGCUUCAAAGGGUUGUCCGCAUUGGGUUCGUUUGGGAAGUUGGGUGGCCGCAGUUCUGGGAAAAUCUCAGCUGAAUGUGAUGAUGAGUUUGAUAAGCCCUAAGAUUUCUACAGUUAUGGAUGCCCCAUCUAUCUGGAACUCUAUAAUUCUAGUUAUGUUGAAAUGCAUUUUGAAAGCAUUGUAGAACUAUGAGUUAAUGAGAAGUUCUUAUGGGUUUUUGUGUA